AUGGACGUGGACGUGGACGUGGACGUGGACGUGGACGUGGACAUGAACGUGGACGUGGACGUGGACGUGGACGUGGACGUGGACAUGGACGGACAUGGACGUAGACGUGGACGUGGACGUGGACGUGGACUUCGACUUGGACGUGGACGUGGACGUGCACGUCGACGUCGACGUCGACGUGGACGUGGACGUGGACGUGGACUUGCACAUGGACGUGGACGUAGACGUGGACGUGGACAUGGACAUGGACGUGGACGUGGACGUAGAAAUGGACGUGGACGUGACGUCGGCGUGCACAUGCACGUGGACAUGGACGUGGACGUGGACGUGGACAUGGACGUGAACGUGGACGUGGACGAGGACGUGGACGUGGUCGUGGACGUGGACGUAGACAUGGACGUGGACGUGGUCGUGGACAUGGAUGUGGACGUGGAGGACGUGGACGUGGAGGACGUGGACGUGGACGUGGAGGACGAGGACGUGGACGUGGACGUGGACGUGACAGACGUGGACGUGGACGUGGACGUGGACGACCUGGACGUGGACGUGGACGUGGACGUGGACGUGGACGUGGCCGCGGACGCGGACGUGGACGCGGACGCGGACGUGGACGGGGACGCGGACGUGGCCGCGGACGCGGACGUGGACGUGGACGCGGACGUGGACGCGGACGCGGACGUGGACGUGGACGCGGACUUGGACGUGGACGUGGACGGGGACGUGGACGGGGACGUGGACGUGGACGUGGACGUGGACGUGGAUGUGGACGUUGACGUGGACGUGGACGUGGACGUGGACGUGGACGUGGACGUGGAAAUGGACGUGGACGUGGACGUGGAAAUGGACGUGGAGGUGGACGUGGACGGAGACGUGGAGGACGACGUGGACGUGGAGGACGUGGACGUGGACGUGGACGUGGACGUGGACGUGGAGGACGUGGACGUGGUCGUGGACGUGGUCGUGGACGUGGACGUGGACGUGGACCUGGACCUGGACGUUGACGUGGACGAGGACGUGGACGUGGAUGUGGAGGACAUGGACGUGGACGUGGACGUGCCUGGACGUAGAAACCUGGACGUUGACGUGGACGAGGUCAUGGACGUGGACGUGAAGGACAUGGACGUGGACGUGGACGUGGACGUGGACGUAGAAAUGGACGUGGACGUGGACGUGGACGUGGACGUGGACCUGGACCUGGACCUGGACGUUGACGUGUGGACGUGGAGCGUGGACCUGGACAUGGACCUGGACAGUGGACGUGGAGGACAUGGACGUGGACGUGGACGUGGACGUGACGUGGACGUGGACGUGGACGUGGACGUGGACCUGGACGUGGACGUGGACGUGGACGUGGACGUGGACGUGGACGUGGACGUGGACGAGGACGAGGACGUGGACGUGGACGUGGACGUGGACGUGGACGUGGACAUGGACGUGGACGUGGAAGUGGACGUGGACGUGGACGUAGAAAUGGACGUGGACGUGGACGUGGAUGUGGACGUGGACAUGGACGUGGUCCAGGAGCUUGCCUGGUCCAGGAGCGUGCCUGGUCCAAGAGCGUGCCUGGUCCAGGAGCUUGCCUGGUCCAGGAGCGUGCCUGGUCCAGGUGCUUGCCUGGUCCACGAGCUAGCCUCUUCCUAG